CGUUCUUUUAGCUCUCUCAGCCGGCCGAUUCGGACGUGUACGAAGAUGUCUCUCGCAGAUCCCGUGUCGUUCGCCAAGGACUUCAUCGCCGGUGGCGUGUCCGCGGCCAUCUCCAAGACGGCCGUGGCGCCCAUCGAGCGAGUCAAGCUGCUCCUGCAGGUGCAACACGCGUCCAAGCAGAUCGCCGUCGACCAACAGUACAAAGGAAUCAUCGACUGCUUUGUUCGCAUUCCGAAGGAACAGGGAUUUGCCAGUUUCUGGCGUGGUAACCUUGCCAACGUGAUCAGGUACUUCCCCACGCAGGCGCUCAACUUCGCCUUCAAGGACAAGUACAAGCAGGUUUUCCUCGGCGGUGUCGACAAGAAGACCCAGUUCUGGCGCUACUUCGCAGGAAACCUCGCCUCCGGCGGUGCCGCCGGUGCCACCUCCCUCUGCUUCGUCUACCCCCUCGACUUCGCACGUACCCGUUUGGCCGCUGACAUCGGCAAGGGUGGAGCUCGCGAGUUCACAGGCCUAGGAAACUGUCUGAGCAAGGUGUUCAAGUCUGACGGCCUCGUCGGAUUGUACCGUGGAUUCGGUGUGUCCGUCCAGGGCAUCAUCAUCUACAGAGCCGCCUACUUCGGCUUCUUCGACACCGCCAAGGGAAUGUUGCCCGACCCCAAGAACACACCAUUCCUCAUCUCAUGGGCCAUCGCCCAGGUUGUGACCACCGUGGCCGGAAUUGCAUCUUACCCCUUCGACACCGUGCGUCGUCGUAUGAUGAUGCAGUCGGGCAGAGCCAAGGGCGAGAUCAUGUACAAGAACACAAUGGACUGCUGGGCAACCAUCGCAAAGAAGGAGGGCACUGGUGCCUUCUUCAAGGGCGCCUUCUCCAACGUCCUCCGUGGUACCGGCGGUGCUCUCGUGCUCGUCCUCUACGACGAGAUCAAGAAGGUCUUGUAAACAUUGCCGCCGUUUUGACCGCGAGGAGGAUCGUCGUCUCGGCAGAAAUUAACAAAGAAAGAAAGAGAGCAAGUUUAGCGAUUUUUGCAACCAUUC